AAAUAAUGAACCUAGAUAACUCUGGCUCAAGUUCACCCUACGAAGGUGAUGAACAUAUUGAAAGUAGAGUAUCCAAUCACAUAUUUCAUGUGGAGGCCGCCCACGGUGUACCCAUCGUAACAAGUCAAGGAAACUUUGUAGCAGAGCAAAUCAACUCUUUGCUUUCGGAAGCUGUAGAGGAGUGGCCUAGUCAGGCAUCAGAAGGUAUUAGUGCUGAAGAAGCAAGAGAGUUUGCGGUUAUUUCUGCCAUCGGUGUGAAAGGCUGUGGUAAAACGACUUUUUUCAAUCACUUAUUUGGCACCCAUUUGCAGGUGAGCUCACCGUUGAAGAGAAGUGAACAAGAAAAAGGUACAAAAGGCGCCAUGAUGGCAGUUGGUCAAUUGUCGGGAUCAAGACACCUUUUAUUGAUAGAUACGGAAGGCACUGACGGUAGGACUUCACAAGCAGCGAACAACAAGAGAUUGGAACGCAUCGUGACUUUAACAGUUGCAGUAUCCGACGUCAUAUUAUAUCAUGUAUGGCUGGCAGAUUUGGGUAGAUUCGAAGCUGCAGGCUACGGUGUGUUUUAUACUGUCCUUGGCGAGCAUCUCAAGAUAUUCCAAAGGGACCAUCCAAGCAAAACUCUCAUCUUGUUUGUUGUACAUGACCAUGACGAUGGCUCAACUCUGGAGCACUUGAAGAAAUUGAUUCUAACAGAUAUGGAGCAUAUUUGGGAUAACGUGGAAAAGCCUAAUGACUAUAAGACUGCAAAACUUUCAGAAUUUUUUGAUAUUCAAGUCGUAUCCUUACCACAUCCGCGAUAUCGUAGAGAAGAAUAUGAAGGGUCAGUCGCAGCUAUUCGUGACCGUUUUUUAGGACAUUUUAGAAGAAGUGAAGAUUAUUUCUUAAAAAGAGAAUAUUCCAAAGAGUUGCCAUUGGAAAGUUUUGCAACCUAUGCGGAAGUGGUUUGGAGUGAAUUAACUAGAAGUGAUGCAGAAAGUGGCAGUCAUGUGAUUUCGUCUGGAAUACCGUCGCAAAGAGAACUUUUAGCUACUUAUCAAUGUGACUUGAGCUAUGAAACUCAGCUACAAAACGCAAUGGAAAAGUGUCAACGUUGGCAAAAUGAUACGAGUCGAGGGAAGCUUAUCGAUAAGUUCGGACAUAAGGCUUCUUCACUUUAUACGGAAGCCAUGGACAAUUAUGAUACGAGUACAGCUCCCUACUCAUCUUUUCAGGUUAGAGCUCAGAAAAGACAUUCUUUAGGAAAUCUUUUACAGAACCAACUCAAGUCAUUGUUUCAAAAACAGAUUGCUCUUCUUCAACAACAGGGAUUGAACAAAUUCAAGGAUAUGCUACUUUCAGCCGUUGCGGCCAACGGCUCUAUUAGUGAAUAUGAUCAGCACGUGGCUAUGCGUCGAGUUGAUGAUUGGUUUAUCAAGAAAGCAGAGGAGUUGGUGGUUCCAUCUCUACGUUUACACUAUCGACUAUAUAGACUGGAAAUGCAAAAUGCGUUGAACGAGACAGCCUCCAAGUUUCGAGACUCGCCAACAGUUCAGAUGCAGGCAAUGCAGAAAUUGGAAAAACUUGCAAGUAGACCACCUCCGAAACAGAGGGGAGUAGUAGUGGGCGUUGGAUUAAAUGCAGCUAUCCGACCAUCAGGUUAUGGCAAUUUGCAGAUGUUAGCAAGUUAUAACAAAGGCCCGCAUUCUUUGAAUGUUUCCUUGGUGAAUGAUAGAGAUGUUGCUCAACAGGAAGGGCAGAGUGAUAUUGCUCUGUUUCGCAUUCAACCAACUUUACAUUUUGACAUCGACAUCUAAAAUUCUUUCUCGUUUUAGGAUGUUAGCAGUCUCAAACUCAUAAUAAAACAAGUAGCUAGAACAGCUUGUUUGAAUCUUUUUGGGCCCAACUUUUGUGAUAAUACUACUCCAGCAUAUGUUCCCGUUGCU